UGGAGACGGACGCCGCCGCGCGCGCCGCGAGUUCGGUGGGAGAGCCCCGGUACCGGCACCGGGCCCGUGCAGAGAGCCCGGGAUCCAUACCGGCACCGGCACCGCCGAGACAGCCCCGGCACCCGCACCGGGCCCGUGCAGAGAGCCCGGGAUCCAUACCGGCACCGGCACCGCCGAGACAGCCCCGGCACCCGCACCGGGCCCGUGCAGAGAGCCCGGGAUCCAUACCGCACCGGGCCCGUGCAGAGAGCCCGGGAUCCAUACCGGCACCGGGCCCGUGCAGAGAGCCCGGGAUCCAUACCGGCACCGGGCCCGUGCAGAGAGCCCGGGAUCCAUACCGGCACCGGGCCCGUGCAGAGAGCCCGGGAUCCAUACCGGCACCGGCACCGCCGAGACAGCCCCGGCACCCGCACCGGGCCCGUGCAGAGAGCCAGGGAUCCAUACCGGCACCGGGCCCGUGCAGAGAGCCCGGGAUCGGGACCGGCACCGGGGCCGUGCUGAGACCCCCGAGAUCGGGACCAGCACCGGCACCGCCGAGACAGCCCCGGCACCGGGGACGUGCAGAGAGUCCCGGGAUCGGCACCGGAACCAGGGCGGUGCAAAGACCCCCGGGAUCGGGACCAGCACCGGGGCCGUGCAGAGAGCCCAGGAUCGGGAUCAGCACCGGCACCAGCACCGCCGAAACAGCCCCGGCACCGGCACCGGGACAGCCGAGACUCGCCCCCGGCAUCCGGACGGGACCGGCCAGAGACGCCCGGCCCGGGAGCGGCCCCCGCGCCAUGGCGGGCGGCAGAGCGGGGCCCCGGCGGCGGCCCAUGACCUUGGCCGAGGCGGGCCCGGGCACGGAGAACGAGCGGCUGGGGCUGGUCCGGCUCAGCAUGCUGCGCAACCCGCUCAUCAUCAAGCCAGAACUUGGGAAGCCCAUGAGAAACUGCUACUCCCUGCCAGGCCCUGAUUUUACCUAUGGGAUGUACAUGCACAAGAGAGAUGGAGGAGUCCCUGAAGCCAUAGGCCACUGGGACGCAGUGAAGGCCAAGGCCCACCCCCGUAAGAGGGUCAUGCCCCGGGAUUUCGUGGCCAUGGGCCGCGCAGCCGUGGACGAGGGCUGCACCACAGCCCGGGAGUUUGCUCUGUACUACAACUACAUGGACAUCCGCUGCAAGGACAAGGGCAUCCUCAGAUAUGGGGGCAAGGCACCCCCAGGCAUGACCUUUGGCAGGCCACCACGGCCUUCCACUCCCAUUUUUGACAUCAUGCAACACAGAUACAAGGAGCUGUGGAUGGAGGAGCAGAGAGCCCGGACUAGAGUCCAGCACAUGGUGAAGAAAAAGAUCGGCGAGGUGCGCGAGAACCGCACCACGUUCCUGCGCACGCACCCGCUGCCCGUGAAGGAGGAGUCCUUCUGGCACCCCCGGCGCUUCGAGAAGGUUGAGCCUCAUCUCAGGACUUUUCCAGACCCUGAAUCCCGUCAAAAGGCUCUCAGUGCCUCCCACUGAGGAGUGCCUGUGAGCUCUCCCUUCCCCAGAGGGCCCCCACAGCAAGGAUGGUGCUGGGCACAGCCCUUGGACCCCGGGAUUCCACAUGCAAUAGACUUUCUCUCAGGUUUUACAGAGUUAUGCUAAUGCAGAUAUAGCCAAAUAAAUCAUAAA